AAUAAAAACUUACCUGGAAUAACAGUAUGAAUACUCUUUUUCUGAUCCGCAUAAUAAACUUUCUCCCGGAAGUUGAUAAACUUUUCGUGAGGCGCAUGCGCACUCUCGGCAAGUUAUCUACUUCCUCCUCUCCCAGUAAACGUCAGUUCUCUUUUUCUUGCGAAAGUAUUCGCUUCGUCCGCGGUUAAUUUUUAGUUUUGAUUAGUUUCUUUAGUGGAAAUUAGUUUCUCUACUUGAGAUUUAUCCAGUUUUGUCUUAUGGCGACGUGUCAUCAUGCAGAAGAGGGUGAAAUUACGUCUGAAAACGACAGAUUUUCUGACGAGCCUCAUGACAAGAAUAUGGCGUCGCCAACACGUGGAGAUCUAUCGAGUAGAAAUGACACCGUUUCUUACGUGUCGGCAGGAGAAAAUACUGCUAAUAAAUUGCUAUUGACUAAAGACAAAGGCAAAAAGAAAAGUCGUUCGAAAAAAUACGACGAAUUGAGCAACAGAAUGUGUAAUAUGGAAAAAAUGUUGCAAACUUUUUUAGAUAAACAAUCCGGUGAAAAAAAUGAACAAACUGUGACAAAUCAGUUAAAUGAUGAUACUAAUGGACAAAGAAAAAAGUCAAAUUCUAAAGGAAAUCGUGACAAAUUUUUAUUUGACUCCAGUGAAGAUGAUUCUGACUCUGACAUGUUGUCAAUUUUUGCUGGCGGUCAAAUUUCUCCUGCUCAUGAAAAUAAUGAUAGCGCCAUGUUGGACAAAAACAACAAUAGGGAGGAAAAUGUGGAAAAUCUCUCUGAAAAUACAAGAAAAUGUUUAUUUGAAAUGUUCGGUGAAGAUGCAGUUGUUAAAAAAGUUGAACAGAAAAAGGGUUUAACCUUGGACAAAUCACAAAUUGAGGUUAUUGAUAGUGGUUAUAGAUGUAAACAACCAAACUUUUUGUCUGCUUUUGCCGAGGAAAAUUUUGACCUUUUUCCAGUUGAUGCAGAUGCUGAAAAAUUGCUAGAGGUGCCAUCACUGGAUGAUAUGGUAGAAGUAUGUCUUACUAAAAGAUAUGGGCCUAGGGCUUCUUUUGCUAAAGGAAAACAGUUAUAUACACAACCAGCUAAGAUGAUAGAAAAAGUUGCAUAUAAAGGGCAGCAAGCUGCUCGGUUAGGACUCGUUAUUCAAAUGUAUAUACAACAAAGUCUCGGUAACCUACUUCAAAUGCUAAAUUCUACUGAUUUUGAAAGAGAUCAAGCUUCUCAGAUGGUCAAAGAUAUUUUUGCUAUGAGUACGAAGUGUUUAGACCAAAUUGGAAGAACUGGUGCUUUCCAUCAUAUUGUUAGAAGAUCAUGUUGUAUGAAGGAUACAGGUCUGCAUGAACAAACUGAUAAAUGGGACUAUUACAAUUUACCUUUGUCAGGGGAUGGUGUUUUUGGCAAAGAACUAGAAACUUUGUUGAAAGACAAGAAAGAAAAACGUAAACAAGUUGAUGAUCUAAUCCCAGAUCUGAACAAGAAACGGAAAUUAUCAGCAUCUGGUAAUUUCUCGGAGUAUAAAAAGAAACAACCGAUAGAGAAAUUGACUGAAAAACCAAGCACUUCUUCGUAUGGGUUGAACAAUUUUCGUAUCCCUAAGAUCUCAAGAUCUGACAGCCGGGGAAAGUUUCGUGGCAGAGGUUAUAGCUACGGGACGAGACGACCCCCAUCUGGUAGAGGAAAGCCAGUGGCAAAAACAGAUGAAAAAUGACUUGAUUCAUUGAAGAAAGCUCCAUUUGAACCGCUGAAGGAUGCAUCUUUACGUUACCUUACUUGGAAAGUUUGUUUUCUGUUGGCGAUUACCACUUUUCGGCGUUGCAGUGAUUUGCAAUCGUUACGUUUAGGUGAAAAC